UGAACCAACGACAUAGGUAGGAGCCAACAACAUGAAAUCGAGAUGAGAAAUCAGACCAUGGGUUGGGAUGUUCUCCUAGUAUAAGAUUAUGGCAGUUAACGAUACUUUUUACGAACCUCGCUAUUUUUGAAACAGAACCGUCAAAAAGCACAAAGAUCCUGCCCCCCCUACCUACCGAACAAGAUGGCUGCUACUCUCAACCCUCCUAAACCCAUCCGUGUAUGGCUCACCCCACCGGGCCCCAAUGGCUGGAAAACCAUUUUCCUCCUUGAGGAACUCUCCCUUAACUACGAGUUCAAAUCGUUCCGCUUCGAUGACGUGAAGAAACCCCCUUUCAUAGACAUCAACCCCAACGGCCGCAUCCCGGCCAUCGAAGACCCCAACACCGGUCUCACCCUUUGGGAGUCGGGAGCCAUCAACCAGUACCUCAUCGAGCAAUACGACACGGAGAAGCGUCUCACAUUUGACGAUGUCAUCAACCGCAACCUCUGCAACCAGUUCCUCCAGUUCCAGAUGAGCGGCCAAGGACCCUAUUACGGUCAGUGCGGCUGGUUCCAGCAUUUACAUGCUGAGAAGAUUCAGUCGGCUAUUGAUAGGUAUUCCAAUGAGAUCAAGCGUGUGUUGGGGGUGUUAGAGAUUGUUUUGUCGAAGAAAGGGGAGUAUGAACAGUGGCUGGUCGGGGACAAGAUGACGUAUGCUGAUAUGGCGUUUGUGCCUUGGAAUUUUCGGUUGAGCGAGGUGCUGAUGCAGUUGUGGGAUGAGGUCUUCGAGGGAACACCGCGUGUUCGGGCCUGGCAUGAAAAGAUGGUCGAGCUGCCGAGUUGGAAGAGGGCUAUGGAACAUCGUGCGAGACUCAUGGAUGAGCAAGGGCUGCAGUGGAAUGGUGUGCCAAAGGGGAUCGAGACAUUUAUUGAGUACGAGGAGAAGAUUGAGAAGGGGGAGAUGAAGUAUGACUAGGCGUUUUGGUAGACCUCGGUAGAUGUGGCAUCUGGACAGUCCUGCUGUUUGGUGUAUAUUUCCCUUGUGGUAUAACUAGUCACGAAGUUUCAGCUCUGAUGAACGUUGCUUCUUUUCAGAUAGUGUUGAUAGUGUCGCCUGACUUCAUCUUCCAAUGACUUGAAAGUUUUCUGUCAA